AUGUAUCGUAUAUCACCGAUCCGAUCCCUUAAUUUUAUUAGAAAAACAACUCAUUUCCAUUAUACAAACUCCGAUGCCCCAUGCAAGCGCAACUAUGCUUCUCGCGCCCCCUGGCCACCGACGAAUAACCCGACACCAUACGAUAUACUCGGCACCCAAAGAGGCCAAAAAUAUCUAAAGGCAAGAUACUAUGACCUGGUCAAGACCUACCAUCCAGACCUGAACAUGGCUUCCUCCCGCGGAAGUUUGUCCAAAGAAGAACGAGUAGAGCGGUAUCGCCUCGUUGUCGCCGCACACGAGAUUCUUUCGGAUCCCGAAAAGCGCGCGGCAUAUGAUGUAUACGGAAUCGGCUGGGGAGCACCGUCUAAUUACUCUCACUGGAGUGAUACAACGACAGCCCCAUUCACAAACAGACGUCGCACUUAUAGCUGGGAAUAUGGUGGCCGCGCAUCAUCCGAGUUUGAUAUAUGGAGCUUUUUGUCUACGCAUAGAUAUAGCAUUCGUCUGGUGGCGGUGAUUUUCAUUUUUGGCGAGGCUUGCCUCUUCCUGGUUACUUUGUCCAAGGCGGAGGUUGAAUUGGAACGGUUGGAUAUGGAGCUCAGGAAGCUUAUGCUUCAUCGUCAACAGCGAUCGCUUGGUGCACCCUCGAGGAUUUUACAGCUGGAGCGCUUCUUCCUAAGGAGAGAUCCCUCUGGGAUGGGGGCUUAUCCUGGAGAGGAGUCUUCUUACCGUGAGAUCCUUCCAUUGUGUAUGCAUUGA